AUGGCUCCUACGUGCAUCACUAGACGCUAUUCUACACCUGCAGUCCCUGCGCAGUGGCUUGGUCUGGGCGUAUCAGGCAGAGAGCAUGGGAAUAAGAUAGAGGUGUUGAUUGGACCAAACUCGACGCCCCACCUUAAUGCUCGUUUCGGUCUCUCCUCUACCAUCGAGGGCAAUACUACCUUGAUUCAUCGCCGAGAUCGGGCGUUUCCCAGAGUGGGCCUACAAAAACAGAUCGUGUCGCUUUACCGGGUGCAAGGGUUGCUCUUGGUCUGCACCGCUCCGACGUCGUCUGCGAUACUCGGCGUGUUAAAUCCUAUCACAACAAUCAUCCUUAUACAUCUUGAGUCACCGGUCAAGAUUGAAAUGACCUCAUUCUACAUCGCCACGAGGUUGAUGUUGAAUUCGGAUGUCUCACAAUUGCCAUCGACCAAGGUUGCAUAUAUAAGGUUGUCGUUUGACACAAUCUUCCCUUCUCUAAUUUCCACUUGCUCCACUCGUUUUGACCUCGACCUUCGUGCACCUUCUGUGGUGUUUGAAUGUCGAUGGGACGAAGACAAACCACGAACUUGGCGCGAUACAACAUAUCUGGAUUCGAAUGAGAGGGCCGCCUCUCUCUCUUUUCUCUGA